CACUAACAAGCCCCAACGUUGGCUGGACUCUCACUAGAGGGACUUUACCAUGGCAGCUACACUGACAAUUAGGUUUUGAUUUUCGCCUAUUCACGCCGCAUAAGCGCAUAAACAAAGAUAGUUUCUUAGUGUUGAAUCCUUUAAUUUCACACCUAUCCUGUAAAACAUGAGUUCCAUCGGCACAGGGUAUGAUCUCUCGGCGUCUCAAUUUUCGCCGGACGGUCGAGUAUUUCAAGUUGAAUAUGCUCAGAAAGCUGUAGAGAAUAGUGGAACUGUUAUUGGGUUACGAGGAAAGGAUGGUAUUGUAAUUGCUGUGGAGAAAUUGGUUACAUCAAAAUUGUAUGAAGCUGGUGCAAACAAAAGGAUAUUCAACAUUGACCAUCACGUUGGAAUGGCAGUCUCUGGUUUGAUCUCAGAUGCUAGACAAAUAGCGGAAACAGCAAGAUCAGAAGCAGCGAGUUAUCGUGGGCAAUAUGGCGUAGGCAUUCCUUUAAAAUAUCUAAAUGAACGUGUAUCUAUGUACAUGCAUGCAUACACUCUAUAUUCAGCAUUACGACCAUAUGGUUGUGCGGUUAUUCUGAGUGCCUACGAAGCAGAAGGUCCUGCCAUGUAUAUGAUAGAUCCAUCUGGAGUCUCUUAUGGUUAUUAUGGAUGUGCUGUAGGUAAAGCUAAGCAGUCAGCAAAGACGGAAAUCGAGAAGCUGAAACUUUCGGACAUGACCUGCAAGGACUUAGUCAAGGAAGCUGCCAGGAUAAUUUAUCUGGUGCACGAUGAAUUAAAAGACAAGCAAUUUGAGCUAGAGAUGAGUUGGGUCGGUGCUCAUACUAAUGGUAAGCACGAGCGUGUUCCAUCAGAUGUUAAAACGGAAGCAGAAGCUAAAGCUCGUCAAGCAAUCGACGAAGAUUCGGAUAGCGACACUGAAGAUAUGUGAAUGUUGGUGACAUUCACGCCAAUUAUCUUAUAAGUUAUUUACGCCACGUACGUUCUUAUGUAGCGCAUUCAAACGUUAAUACGAAAAGAAUAAAGCUGGAGGAACACUUUUUGUCUAAUGAAAA